AUGGCCGUCUUAACCGAUUACACCUACAUCUUCGCGCUGGGGACGAUUUUUGCGCUCCUCGAAGCGUAUAACAAUGGUGCAAACGAUGUUGCCAAUGCCUGGGCUACCUCUGUGUCGUCGCGCUCCGUCACGUAUCGCCAGGCCAUGGUGCUCUGCGUGGUCUUCGAAAUGACCGGUGCUCUGGCAGUCGGUGCCCGAACAGCUUCUACUAUUAGGAAUGGAAUUAUCCCUAUUGAAUCAUUCAACGGCGACGCUGAUGUCCAGCUGCUCGCUUUCGCUUGUGCCUCCGCUGGUGCGGCAAUCUGGGUCAUGUGGUGUACGCGCAACUCUGCUCACGUAUCUUCGACUUACUCCUUGGUCUCCUCUAUCGCCGGUGUCGGUGUCGCUGCCGUCGGAUCCGAUAAAGUCGAAUGGGGUUGGAGCGGCGGGUCCGGACUCGGUGCCAUCUUUGCUGGAUUGUGCAUGGCCCCUGUGAUAUCCGGAUUCUUUGGAGCCGUUAUCUUCUCGCUCAUCAAAUACACCGUCCAUAUCAGGAGAGACGCCGUCAAAUGGGCCGUUUACACCUCGCCGUGCUUUUUCUUGAUUGCAGGCACAAUCUGCACGCUCUCGAUUGUAUACAAGGGCUCCCCGAAGCUUGGUCUGGACAAGAAGCCAGGCUAUUGGAUUGCCGGUGUGACCCUCGGUGCUGGUUUUGGGUUGGCCCUCCUCUCUGCCUUAUUCUUCCUCCCCUACGUCUUCUGCAAAGUCAUCAAGAAGGAUUACACGCUCAAAAUCACCGACAUCUGGCAAGGACCUGCGCUCUUUCUACGAGUGCCACCCCUCGACGCAGCCGAGGCUCGUGUGCCCAACUACGCUGUUAUUCAACACGACGAAGAUGAUACUGGAGAGCUCAUGGCUCCAGCUCAACUGCCUACCAAGGAGGACAACCACGAUGCUAUAGAGAUCUCCCCUAACAGAAGCCUGGACGAUAAUCAGGAAAAGAACAAGAGCCGAACCGAAGCUCAACAACGCAGCUUGGAAGACGCUCUUGCGGCCAACAAUCCCGAACUUCAGUACCGACUCCUUCUCCGGCGCGCCGAGGAAAGGCACCACGCGGAGCUCCGCAAGAGCCGCGGUCCUCUGGGAUGGGCAAUGCGCCACGUGCACAAGCACCGAGCGGGUACUGGGGAGAUCUACGAGAAGCACAACAUGAUUGCCCUCUUAAAUCGUCUCCCUGCCUACGUGAUAAUCGCUGGAAUCUAUGGUUUCUAUUACGAUAUCCACUCGGCCCAAAUUGGUAUUCUCGGCACGCCUGAAGGGCGUCGUAUGGCCAAAGUCUACGGUCAUGCCACGAUGUACAAGAAUGAAGUCGAGUACCUCUACUCCUUUGUGCAGAUCAUCACCGCCUGUACCGCCUCCUUUGCCCAUGGCGCCAACGACGUCGGGAACGCCGUGGGCGUCUGGGCCGGGAUGUGGGGAGCAUGGAGGACGGGCGAGACGGUCGCCUCCAAGGCGGACGUCGCGCUCUGGCAAAUCGCCGUCAUCGCCGCCACCAUCUGCAUCGGCUUCAUCACCUACGGCUACAACAUCAUGAAGGUCAUGGGCAACAAGAUCACCUACCACUCGCCGUCCCGCGGCUCCUCCAUGGAGAUGGGCGCCGCCGUCACCAUCCUCAUCUUCUCCCAGUACAAGCUCCCCGUGUCGACGUCCAUGUGCAUCACCGGCGCCACCGUCGGCGUCGGGCUCUGCAACGGGACCUACAAGGCCGUCAACUGGCAGCGCGUCGGCCUCCUGUUCUUCUCCUGGGUCAUGACGAUCCCCAUUGCCGGUAUGAUCGGCGGGUGCCUGAUGGCAUUGCUGGUCAACGCGCCGUCUUACGGAAAUUGA